AUGAUGCGUUUACUAUUCUAUCUGGCGAUGGUUGGACUAGUUCUGAGCUGUCACCAAUCGAAUAAACUCGAUGAUGAAGAUAUCAAUUUGUUCGACGAUGAAGAUGAGGACGAAGAUGAGAACGGCGGGCAGACGGCAACGAUUUUCGUCCGGUCCAAGUACAAGUGGAAUAAAGGCACUAAUAGUGCUGUCCAAUCAGGUUUCCAAAAAAUUCUUACACCACAACUUAGCCAGCUUGGUGAUAUUGAAAGCGUGGAAGCUGAAAACGAUAAUGGCAAUUUCGCAAUGGUCUAUACCAUUUCCAACACCGACUGUGACAUGCGGCUUGCCGAGAUUACCUUAUAUUCCACACAAUUUCAGGUGGAUAUAGCCAAAGAAAGAAUUGAAGCCGCCAAAAAACACAUUGAUAGUGUAGAGGUGGAAUGUGAAUAA